UAAUCUUGUCUCUCUGCCCCCUGCAGGUCAGGACGGGACGCUGCAGUCGUUCUCCGCCGUCCACGAGAGCUUCAACAAGAACCUGGGUCACGACCAACAACACAGACAGUGUCGCUGUGUCACCAAACUUCAGGAACUUCAGAUACAUUUCAGUGUACCUCUAUCUGGGUUGACCAGGACUUUACCUUUACCUUUAACACAGGGAGUUAUGUGGAGGAUUUUCCUGACGGUCAGUCUGCUCUGCUGGAGCGCUGACGGACAAGUGACCUGCAGAAAUGAAAAGGAUGAACCAGUGGACUGGUACAUCAUCUACAAGGUACCCAAACUGAAUAACAUCGGAACUACGGGUGUGGAAUAUCUUUACAUUGAUUCAGCUGGGAAGAACGAGACCUCUACAGAUCACAAUAAGCCCAUCAACCAUCCUAAUGGUGUCCUGGCAAACACCCUGCGGCCCAUAUUUACCACAUCAAUGGUGAGAAUCAUGUUUAAACUGCAGUUCUGUUUUUAUUGUGAUAAAACUUGAAACCAUGACACAAACUGAUGGAUAGAUAUUAUGGUCUGUAUAAUUAUAAAGCAUCAACUAGUAUUCCUCAAAUAUCUCAAUGUGCUCUGUUGAAACUGUUCAACACACACCAGGUGAGUAAAUAUGUAAUUGAAUAAUGAAUCUGCAGCUGUACAUUUGGUACCUUGCAGGCAUGGAUUGGCCAUCGGGAAUAAUGGGAGAUUUCCCGGUGGACCGGUCUAUUUGUGUGGCUGCACUCCGGUCGAAAACUUCUUUUUUGAUCAUUCACCAUAAAGAGAAGAGAGAUCGACCACUUGU